UAUUAAAGUUUGCCUCUUUCUUUUGUGUAACUUAGAUGAUAUGUAUUUAGGUGGAGUUGCACUUGCUAUUCUAUUCUAAACUUCUUCUCUUAGAAAUACAUGUUGGCGUUGUCUUGUACAUUCUUGUAAAUUUGUAUACUAAUUAAUGUCUCAUUGCCAACAAACCUUUUCUUGUUCUUGAUUUCAACUUGCAAUCCUCUCAAAAGAAACAUUUAAACUUGCAAUAUUUGAGUUUUGACAAAAUAGGUAGCAAUACAACUACAUUAAUUAGGAUUUAAGACAACAACUACAUUAAUUAGGAUUUAAGGGUGUCAUCUUGAUUUAGUCAACUGAAGUUAGAUGUUCGAUUUAGUCAACUGAAAUUAGAAGCUGAAAAAGGCUGCCUACCAAAUCCGAAACCAGAGCAUCUCUUCUCUCGUAGGAAUUUGUUCAUCAUAAUCAUGGGCUUGUAGGAAUUUGUUCUUCGCCGCAGUGAUCAGCUUCUCUGCAGCGCUCAUCACCUACAACAUCAUCAUCUCCGCAAAUGCCUCUCUCAAGCAAGAAUUCCCGGGCGAUUCAAACCCAUCAAUCAAGUCAUCUUCCUCCUCCUUUGACCCCAUCAUCAAAAUGCCCACCGCCACGGCCGCCUCCAAGAAGCCGAGACGCCUCUUCCACACCGCCGUCACCGCCUCCGACUCGAUCUACAACACCUGGCAGUGCAGGGUGAUGUACUACUGGUUCAAGCAGCAGAAAUUACGCCACCCCGAUUCCGACAUGGGCGGCUACACCCGCAUCCUCCAUUCCGGCAAGCCCGAUCGAUUCAUGGAUGAGAUUCCCACCUUCGUCGCUCAGCCCCUCCCCGAUGGAAUGGACCAGGGCUACAUUGUCCUAAACAGGCCUUGGGCAUUUGUGCAGUGGCUUCAACAAGCAAACAUUGAAGAAGACUACAUACUUAUGUCCGAGCCGGAUCACAUUCUGGUCAAGCCGAUCCCAAACUUGUCCAGAGAUGGCCUUGGAGCUGCAUUCCCUUUCUUCUACAUCGAGCCUAAGAAAUACGAGAAGGUCCUGCGCAAGUUUUUCCCCGAGGAUAGAGGACCGAUUACUAACAUCGAUCCAAUUGGGAAUUCACCAGUCAUUGUAGGGAAGGAUGCUCUGAAAAAGAUAGCUCCGACUUGGAUGAAUGUUUCAUUGGCCAUGAAGAAAGAUCCUGAAGCAGAUAAAGCUUUUGGAUGGGUCCUUGAGAUGUAUGCAUAUGCUGUUGCGUCUGCAUUUCAUGGCGUGGGUAACAUUUUGUACAAGGAGUUCAUGAUUCAGCCUCCUUGGGAUACGGCAAUUGGAAAGUCUUACAUAAUUCAUUAUACUUACGGAUGCGAUUAUGAUUUACAGGGUAAGAUGACUUAUGGAAAGAUCGGAGAGUGGAGAUUUGACAAGAGAUCAUACGACAACGUGUGGCCUCCAAGAAACCUUGCCUUGCCACCACCUGGUGUCCCAGAAAGUGUGGUGACUUUGGUGAAGAUGGUGAAUGAAGCCACUGCAAAUAUUCCAAAUUGGGGCUCUUAAACUCCCAAGUCUUGCAUGUAUUGUGUCAACAUGUAGAUACUCACCUCAUACUGGUAUGAUGCUGAUGAGGAUUAGAGAAACAGCCUCUCUCCUCAUUGGAGCUCUCUCUAAAUAACGUUGGAGAGUUGUCAGCUCGUUCGUAUAUCCUCUGUUUUUACACACUGUUAAGUCUUUUGCUCAACUUUCGACCGGGGAUUAUGCUCUGCGGCUUGUAAAUCGUUGAUGAGGAACAAUAUGUUUCUGCUGUACACACUCUUUCUUCUUUUGUGAGAUGAAUAACAGAAGCCUUUGAAAUUAUCAAAA